ACAAACCUGUGUGUGGGGAGAGAUAGGCUUCUACGCCCGUGCUUUUAGGGGGAAAAAGGCCUGUCACUGUGGACACCUGACUGACUCCAGAGCAGGAAGGGCCAUUGGCCAUGGGAGGCUCCCAAGUAAAGGUGUGGGCUGUGUCUCUGACCUUGGUGCUGUUGCUCUGUGUGUCUCACUCAAGCGCCCAGUAUGACUACUCUGGCAACCACUCAGGAGAGGAGCACACAUCAGAAGGCUCCUUAGUUGGUGGAUAUGAAGAACAGUCUGGAUACAAACAGCCUGUGGACUACAAUCCUGAGCCUACCCACAGCUAUGAGGAUGAUCAGACAGUGUCUGCAUAUGACCACUACGACUCUGCACCAACAGGGGUAACCAUGAUCACAGAGGAAACCUACCCAUAUGUCAGUACCACAGAAACCUACGACUAUGCCAAAGAAGUGUCACCAGUGACCACUCAGGUCCCAUAUGGAGAGGAUGCUUCUUUAGAAGAGGAGGAUGAGAAACCGACUGAUUGUGACUGUGAACCAGGCGAGCCUGGGUUUGGUGGCUUUGCUGGACCCAAGGGAUCCAGGGGACCCCAAGGAAAACAGGGAUUUCCUGGAGUUCAAGGAAGAGAGGGUUACAAAGGAACCAAAGGAGUUCGAGGACAGGGUGGAGACACAGGCCCUGUGGGAGAGUCUGGACCUGAUGGAGAGGAUGGUGGAUCAGGCUUCUCUGGUGCAAUGGGUUUACCUGGGCUGCCUGGGGACCCGGGUGAGACUGGAGAGCCUGGAUUAAAGGGAGAUGUUUUAAUGAUGGGUCCUCAUGGAGGAGUCGGCCUUCCAGGAGAAAUGGGCCCAGUUGGUCCGAUUGGUCCACCAGGAACUGCGGGAGGAAAAGGUAUUAAGGGAUCUACAGGAAAACCUGGCAAACAGGGGACUUUGGGACGAGAUGGGCCAAAGGGUCAGGCUGGAGCACCAGGGUUCUCUGGAGAUGUUGGGGAACAGGGCUACAUUGGCUAUUCUGGAAUACCUGGAGACAGAGGGCUGCCUGGGCAAAAGGGUUCAAAAGGAAUUAGUGGUUUGCCAGGAAGUGAUGGAGAACCAGGAGAAGAUGGACCUUUAGGAGUUCCUGGAAUUGAAGGGGCACCUGGAUCAUUUGGGUUAAAGGGACUGAAAGGGGAUCAUGGUAAAAGGGGACCUCCUGGGAGAGUAGGAGCUGAGGGUCCACAAGGGGAACGAGGAUAUUCAGGGAUCCCAGGACAGCCAGGUCCAAAAGGCCUGCCAGGCCCAUUUGGUGCCAAAGGGGAAACUGGGCCAGAUGGCAUUAAGGGUGAAAUAGGUAGGAAAGGUGUGAAAGGUCAUGAAGGAGACAAGGGAAGUUCAGGCCUUCUUGGUGACAAAGGGCAGCAAGGACCAAAAGGCUAUGUUGGACCUGUUGGUUCUGUUGGUCGGGUGGGACCUCCUGGUACCCCGGGACCCAGGGGUGACCCUGGUCCUUUUGGAAACAUUGGAGCAAAAGGAAUAAGUGGACCAAAGGGAAACCCAGGUGAAGCUGGUCCUGGACUGACAGAUGAGCAAGUUCUGGAGCUGUGUCGAGGUGUGGUCACUAUGCAAAUCUCUCAGUAUGCUGCCUCCAUUCGAGCUAAGUGUGCACAGGGAUGUCCUAUAAACAACCGUACCCUAAUUGGGCCCCCAGGAGUCCAAGGAUCUCCAGGUGGUCCAGGCAAACCCGGUAAUUCUGGUAAAGCUGGAACUAAAGGAGCCAGAGGGCCACGAGGUAUGACAGGUUUAGAGGGACAAAAAGGAGCACAGGGAGAGAGAGGAGUUAAAGGUCAGAAAGGACAACAGGGUGAUCCUGGUCGUGGACUUCCCGGGCAAGAUGGUCAUCAAGGUCUCAGAGGGCUACCAGGUCAUCCAGCACAGCCUCGAAAUGGAUUUGAGGGUCCUCCAGGGCCUCGUGGUUUUCCAGGUCCUGUGGGUCAGCCUGGUAUUGCUGGAAAUGCAGGUGUACCAGGAGUUUGUGAAGCACGGGACUGUAGCAUUCAUGCACCUGUUAUGCGCAAAGAGCAGGGACUGGUAAAAGGACCCGUCAGUACUGGGAUCUAAAAACAGUGAGGAGACUGAGCAUGUGGUCUGAUGUACAAGAAUCACUGGUGUCAGAGAUCAACUGCACAAAUUAAAGGAUAUAAGAAGAAGAAAUUGGUCGAGGCAAAUAUUUUCUUAGAAACAGAGAUGAGACAAACAACUGAAUACUGUUGUAGUUAAAAACACUGAAUUUACCAACAUAAAAGUAAACUUGAUUAAGAAAGGAUUCAUUUCUGAUUAUUGUAUUAGAAAUGUUGUAAAUUUGGUGAAAAUAAA